AAGCAUUAAACUCGUGCAACAAACGAUGCGUGCAUAUACUUUACACUAAUUCCUAUUUCUUAUACCAAAAAAUUUCUAAAUAAAUACAUCAAUGUCUAUUUAUUACACACCAAUACCAACUUAAUAUUACUUAAUAUACUCACACAUUAAGUAACUUUUACCACGUUUUCGAGCGCAGUCGCACGCGUGGUCUCUUAACAAGCGGGUUUGCGUGUUAAGGUAAAGGUAAAAGUGAGAGAAGAGAAAGCAGCAAUCAGCUGAGACUGAGACAAGACAAAAUGUUCAUCCUUCAGAGAUCUAUUCUCUCAACGAGAAAUGGAGCGUGGACACGAGUUCUACCAGCAUCACACCCAGCAAUUAAGGAUGUGCAGUACAGAGAAAUUUAUGAAAUAUCAGGAGAUGUCGUGCCCAUUAAUAUGGUCAAGGGUAUUGGCCAUCUACGGGAUCCACGUCUGAAUAAAGGGCUGGCGUUUACUCUGAAGGAAAGAAUAUCUCUAGGAAUCCACGGACUACAACCACCGCGAUUUAAAACCCAGGAAGAGCAAUUGGCGUUGUGCAAAGCUUCAGUGAUGAAGUACACGGAGGAUCUUAAUCGUUAUCUCUAUCUAGUGGAGCUGCAGGAGAGGAACGAACGUUUGUUCUUCCGGCUCCUGAGUGAGAACAUCGAGCAGAUGAUGCCUAUUAUCUACACACCAACUGUCGGACUUGCUUGCCAGAAAUUCGGAGUUAUUUAUCGAAGACCUAGGGGAUUGUUCAUCACUUGCUAUGACAAAGGACAUAUUUAUGAAAUAUUAAAUAAUUGGCCUGAACAAUCCGUCCGUGCGAUAUGUGUUACUGACGGCGAGCGUAUAUUGGGUCUCGGUGAUCUUGGUGCUUGUGGAAUGGGAAUUCCUGUUGGUAAACUAGCCCUGUAUACUGCUUUGGCUGGUAUAAAACCACACCAAUGUCUACCAAUUACCAUCGACGUUGGUACUAAUAAUGAACAAUUGCGUGAUGACCCUCAUUACAUCGGUUUGAAUAAACCCAGAAGUCAGGGUGCAGAGUACGAUGAACUUAUUGAUGAAUUUAUGGCCGCUUGUGUCAAGAAAUACGGACAGAAUGUUUUAAUUCAAUUUGAAGAUUUUGGGAAUCACAAUGCCUUCAGAUUUCUAGAUAAAUACAGAGAUAAAUACUGUACAUUUAAUGAUGAUAUUCAAGGUACUGCUGCAGUUGCUGUUGCCGGAAUUUUAGCAUCUAAACGUAUCACGAAACGUAAAAUGUCUGAUAAUAAAUUUGUAUUUUUGGGCGCUGGUGAGGCGGCUAUUGGAAUAGCUGAUUUGUGUGUAAAAGCAAUGGAAGCUGACGGUUGUACAGAACAAGAAGCGAGAGACAAAGUUUGGAUGAUGGACAUUGAUGGUUUAUUAACGGAAGGACGUAAAGUUGGUAACUUGGAUGGCCAUAAAAAAUGGUACGCCAAAGUACAUAGCGACGUUAAGUCCCUCAUCGAUGUUGUCAAGGAAAUAAAACCUACUGUAUUAAUAGGCGCAUCAGCGGCUGCUGGAGCCUUCACACCCGAAGUCUUAAAAGAAAUGGCUAAAAAUAAUGAGCGCCCGUUAAUCUUUGCUCUGAGUAACCCAACUAGCAAAGCUGAGUGUACUGCCCAGCAAGCUUACGAUUACACAGAGGGCCGCUGUGUGUUUUCAUCCGGUUCGCCCUUCGGUGAAGUGAAUUACAACGGCAACAUUUAUAAACCUGGUCAAGGAAACAAUGCCUACAUAUUUCCUGGUAUUGCAUUGGGUGUAAUUGGCACUGGAGUGCAUCAUAUUACUGAAGAACUGUUUUUGAUAUCAGCACAAACUGUCGCUGAUCAUGUUUCGGACGAAGAUCUUGCCCGUGGAAGUGUUUAUCCACCUCUUGGUUCAAUUAAAGAGUGUUCUAUUGAUAUCGCCGUACGAAUUGCCGAAUACGCUUAUGGUCAAUGUGGAUUGGCUAGUGAAUAUCCAGAACCUAAAGACAAAAGAGCAUUUAUUGUGAGUAAAAUGUACAAUGCUAAUUAUGACAGUCCAUUGCCAAAUCUUUAUGAGUGGCCGGGCCAUUAUGCUGAACCGCGACAAUUACCUGAGGAAAACACUUUUGAAAUACGUCAUAAUUUAAAACAUCUAUAACUCCAAUUUCUACAAAAAAAAUAUUAAAUAAAUUAUAAUCGUAAUGACACAGUAGGCCAUUGAUGAGAUUAAAAAAUAAUUUAUUA